AUGGCUUUCCUGGUGUGUUUUCACCACUCAUCUCUGAUAAUCUCCCAUUAUAUAAGGUUGUUUUGUCGGAUAUUGGUGGGACUGUGGUGGAUAAUUCUUGGGAUGGUCCCUCCACCUUCCCCAAUAAACUGCAUGGUCUUCAACAUUGGUCUGGUAGGACCGUGGUCCUGCGAUCCUUUUCUAUCCAAGGCUUACCCUCAAUUGGCCACAAAGUUAGCCAUGGAGAGGAUAAAGAAGGACCCUUCUGUUAGUGGUGCUCAACAAUUGGACUGCACUGUGUAUGACGAAGACUGCCAGACUAGCCAAGCCUUGGCUGGGUUCACCAGGGAUGCAAAGCAUGCUUUGGCUUUUAUUGGGCCCCUGAACCCUGGCUACUGCGUCACAGCCUCUUUGCUUGGGAUGGGAUGGAAUAAAGCCCUUUUCUCUUGGGCAUGCCUCAGUGAGGAGCUGGACAACCCAAGCCAACACCCAACCUUUGUCAGGACCUUGCCCUCUUCAACAGGCAUCCUUCUGGCUGUCUUGAAGCAUUUCCAGUGGGCUCACGUCGGCAUCGUCUUUUCCAAAGAGGACCUUUGGGUUGAGACGGCCAACAAGCUAGCCAUCGCACUGAGAAACCGGGGGCUGCCAGUUGGAGUUGUGACAUCAAUGGGAAAAGAAGAUGAGGCCGUUGAAGGGACUUGGGCAAAGAUCCAAGCAGAUGGAAGCGUCAAAGUUCUCAUUCUCUGCAUGCAUUCUGCCCUCAUUGGAGGUGAAGACCAAGCGAUGUUCCUAACCAAAGCUCAGGAAAUGGGACUGACCGAUGGGAGAUAUGUCUUUGUGCCAUACGACACGCUGUUCUACAGCCUUCCCUACGAAAACCAUUCCUACUUCAUCCUUGAAAACGACCAUGUCUUCCGGAAAGCUUACGAUGCUGUGUUGACAAUUACUUUACAGUCUGGGGAGAGAAGCUUUUACGAGGCAUUUGACGCUGCAAAACAACGGGGUGAAAUAACCCUAAAUCUGGAACCACAACAGGUCUCUCCCCUCUUUGGCACAAUCUACGAUGCGAUUUACCUGGUCGCGAAAGCUUUGGCCAAGGCGCAUCAUCACAAACCCUUGGAGCUCUUGGGGAUGUCGUUGAUCCAACAUGUCAAAAACCUUGACUUUGCCGGGUUUAGUCACAGAGUCCAGAUGGACAGCAAAGGAAGGCCAAUGACCAAGUAUGUUGUACUGGACACAGAUGGCAAAGGGAGCCGCCUUCUCCCCACUUAUAUGCUGGUGACCUCUUCCGAAUUGCUCCGGCCCCUUGGACGAGGGAUCCACUUUCCCGGAGGAAGCCCUCUUCCAGCAGAUUCCAACUGUUGGUUUGAUCCAGAUGUUCUCUGCAUUAGAGAAACAGGUCUAACAUUUGAGGCACCAAAACAUGAGUUGGGAGACUGGGUAUGGUUGAAGAAGCUGGAGUCUGGAGUAAUCACUGAUUUGAGACAGAGUACUGCCUGCUUGCUGAGCAAGAUGAAAGAUGUACGCCAUGAAAACAUAAACCCUUUUUUUGGUCUUUUAUCUGACGGAGCCCUCUCUGCUCUUGUGAUGGAGUAUUGCUCCAGAGGAAGCCUGGAGGAUUUACUACGAAAUACAGAUUUAAAGCUGGAUUGGAUGUUCAAAUCAUCUCUUCUGAUGGACUUAAUCAAAGGCAUGAAGUAUUUGCACCACCAAGACCUUUGCCAUGGGCGUCUCAAGUCCCGUAAUUGUGUGGUAGAUGGACGAUUCGUACUGAAAGUCACCGACUAUGGUUACACUGGGCUGUUGGCUGCACAAAACACUCUACACAUUCAGCCUCCAGCAGAAGAAUUGCUCUGGACAGCUCCGGAGAUACUUAGAGACCUGCAGUUGUACCCCAAGGGCACCUUUAAAGGAGAUGUUUACAGUUUUGCCAUCAUUUUGCAAGAAGUUCUCGUUCGAGGCCCUCCAUACUGCAUGUCUGAAGUAUCAGCUGAAGAAAUUGUACGCAAGUUGCAGAAGCCCCCGCCUUUGUACCGCCCCAACGUUCCUCCAGAAGAUAACCCUCGGGAGUGUAUCCAGUUGAUGAAGCAAUGCUGGAGUGAAGCCCCUGAACGAAGACCCACCUUUGAUGAGAUCUUUGAACAGUUCAAAGCCAUCAACAAGGGCAAAAGGACCAAUAUCAUUGACUCCAUGCUGCGGAUGCUGGAGCAGUACUCCAGCAAUCUGGAAGAAUUAAUCCGGGAGCGGACCGAGGAGCUGGAGAUGGAAAAGCAGAAGACAGAACAACUGCUGACCCAAAUGCUUCCUGUGUCUGUGGCAGAGACAUUGAAAAUGGGGGGCACCGUUGAGCCAGAGUAUUUUGAUGAGGUCACCAUCUACUUCAGUGACAUCAUUGGCUUCACGGCCAUCUCUGCCCUGAGUGAACCCAUUCAGAUUGUGGACCUUCUCAAUGACCUCUACACACUCUUCGAUGCCAUCAUUGGCCAUCAUGAUGUUUACAAGGUAGAAACCAUUGGGGAUGCUUAUAUGGUUGCUUCUGGACUUCCAAAGCGCAACGGGCCAAGGCACGCUGCUGAAAUCGCCAACAUGGCCCUGGAUAUCCUCAGCUCUGUGGGAUCGUUCAAAGUGAAACACCUCCCCGGGGUACCCAUCAGGAUCCGGAUGGGGCUCCACUCAGAAGAGAAAACUGAAAGGCGACAGGACAACCCAAAGGGACACUCAAGUACAGGAGUUUUGGACUUCAGUUCCCAGAAGUCCCAGACACUUAGCCAAUGA